AUGCCCGCAAAGUACUCGCACGUGAAGAAGAGGACGACAAAUCCCAAGAAAAAGGCCUCUGCCACGACUCAGUCCGGGAAAGACAACAAUCGCCACAAAAAGCUCCCCAAUCACCUCGAUAAGACGAUUACAAAUGCCAUGUCAGCAGUUUCGCAGCUAGAGCGCGCCAUCGCGAAGAUCUUCCUGAUCCGCUUCGAGCAAGAUAUCGCGCGCCUGUUUUCGACACACAUAUUCUGUAUCGCUCUUAUUCACUUACCCACAUUCGUGAUGCGUUGUAUCACUGUUUGCGGGCCCAGCUGGGUUGCCUAUAAUGCGGAUUGUGAAGAAAUUAGGGAUUUCUUUCGUUCUGUCGUUAGUAUGGACUUGCGACAGGCUGGAGAACGAGUCUCGACGAAGAGCGUCUUGUGGUCUUAUACGGCAUUGAGGGAAUUUGCCCUUUCUAAUAAUGUUCCUGUAUGCCGGAAGCGCGGCCUACACUCUCUUCGUCUACUUCCUCACUACGACUCGCUAAAGGUGCAUAUGGAAUCCCUGGAGGCAAUGCCGCAUGCGACAUUUACUAAACCACCACACCUCGGCGCCCUUACAGAAGGCUUGGAGGCCUUGGAGGAGGCAUGCGAAUUGAAGUACGGGGAAAAGUCGCCGUUAAGGUCCACCCCUCCUCCUGGAUGGGAUCAUCAGUGGCGCAUAAAAGUACGCAUUGGAUAUGAAAGGCUUGCUCAAACUCUAUGGCGAGUGGCCCGGGAGUUUGAUGUCAGUGGAUACGGAUGUGUGCUUCGGGAGAAGCUUACUACGAAGUGGUGUGAUUGUGGAUGUUCUACGGACCACCUGGGUGAGGUCUGUGAAAAGACGGUACGUGAGGAUGAGGAGGGGAGCGGUGUCAGAUCCGGUAAGCAAAGAGAGUGGGAUGGGCGAGGGAGCGGCGUGUUGGGUUGGGAGACUGAAGAAGAAGAGGAUAUAUGGGAUAUCGAUCUUGAUUUUGGUGGGAGCGAUUCUGAAGAAGGGGAUGGCUUUGGAUCCGAAAUGACCAUCGCUCAAAUGAUGGAAAUCAGGUUCAUCAAGGCAGAAAGAGAGAAAGAAUUCGGUAAUGCCGCGUUCCGACGAGGCGAGUAUCAACGCGCCGUAAAACACUACAAGGCAGCACAUUCAAUUGAACCAGAGCUGCCUCAUUAUCAACUCAACCUUGCUGCGGCUCACCUAAAACUCAACGACUGGCUUGAAGCUGAAGAAGCAUGCACGAAAGCCUUGGGUCAACAUCGAAGUAUAAAAGGUUAUUACAGACGCUCGAAAGCGCGUCGAAUGUUGGGUAAGCUAGAUGGUGCUGUGCAGGAUUUACGUGCAGCACUGAAAAUACAGCCUUCAAACAGUGAAGCGCUGGAUGAAUUGCUGUCCAUUCUUCCGCCCGACGAUUUAUCACGUUUAGCUCCUUCGUCUUCCUCUCUUGCGACGUCCUCCUCCAGUACUUCACCAGCCCCCCGAAAUGCUGGUUCACUAUAUGACCACCUGCAUCUACCCAAACUGAAACAACCAAAACAGUUACCAUUUGCUCGAUCCAGCAAUGAUGAUAGGAAAAUUAAAGUUUCCUCGAUCCCAGUGUCUUAUGAAGUUCCGCUGAUGUCUGCUGGGAAGACCUUGACAGAGCUGAAGUCGAAGGAUCUGAAAACAAGGACAGAGUCGUUUAUCUUUCCAAGUUGGGAGAAGUACACGGUCAGGCUGGCUACUGUUUGA